AUGAGGAAGAAGCCGGCCAACGGGAGGGGGCCAGAUCCUGCGGCCCCCCAGCAGCGAGCCCGGGGCAUCGCCAAGCCGGCGGAGUACGUGGGCUCCUUUGCGGUGGAGGACUUGGACCUGCAGCAGCAAGCGGGGCGGCUGGAGGAGCAACUGCGGGCGCUGAAGGACUGUCCCAGAAGGAGGUCGGUGGUGCUGAGGUUCAGCUUGCAGGGGCUGAAGGUCUACGGCGCCGACGGGGAGACGCUGCUGAUGGCGCACGCUCUCCGCCGGAUCCUGUACAGCACGUGGCGACACGCCGACCGCCAGUUCGCCUUCGUGGCCCGCAAUCCCCGCAGCCCCGCCAGCACCCUCUUCUGCCACCUCUUCGUGGGCCCCCCGGGCGAGGUCCAGACCCUGCACCUCUUGCUCUGCCGCUCCUUCCAGCUCUGCUACCUCCUGGCACACCCCGAGGAGCAGGCGGGCGAGGGGGAGCCCCCGGGGGCCGGGGUGCUGCGGGAGCCCCUCAACCCCGAAGAGGUGUCGCGCAACGUCAACGCGCUCGUCUCCUUCCGACGCCUGCCCGCGCCCGCCGGCCUCGGCUGCCUGGGCGCUGGGGUAGUUUUUGCACAGCAUUUUUUGCAUGGUCGGCGGCCGGAGGCGGAGGGCAGAGCCGGUGCCUGGCGCCCCGGGAACCCCUACUGCUCCCCGGUUCUGGUGCGCAAAAAAGCCAUCCGCAGCAAAGUCCUGCGCUCGGGGGCUUACCGGGACUGCGGGGGUGAGAGCCAGCUCCACCAGCCGCCCCGCGACGCCGCGGCGGCGGGGUGGGAGAGCAAAGGGGCGAGGAGCUUGGCCUUCCUCCCCGAGAACGAGAGCGUCCUCGCCGAGAGCGUGUGGGCCUUCGCCGGCAUCGCCAAGGACGACGGCAUUGCGCUGCUGCGGCGGGACGUCCCCGGCGCCUUCCUCCUGCGCCCCGAGCCCGGGCUGGCCAAGCGCUGGUGCCUGUGGGUGCGGGCGCCCUGCGGCGUCGUUCCCUACUGCCUCUUCAGGACCCACCAGGGCAGGUUCUGCGUGGAGCACUCCAACGCCGAGUUCGCCAGCGUGGCCGCCCUCCUGGCUCACUACUCCGGGGCGCCGGGGGGCUGCUUCUGCCGCCUGGCCCCCGGCCGCCGCAACCCCGGCUACGAGGAGCGGGACCCCGGCGGCGGGGCCAGCGCCUGGGGGGAGGCCGCCUGGGCCCCCGCUGCGCCCGUCGGGGUGCAGCACGAGCGGGGUUAG